AUGCCAGCUUCCUCCCAGGCCAGGAAUGCCGACCGUCCGCUGGUCGUGCUAUGGAUUGGUUUGCUAAUUGUUCCUCUGCAUAUGAAUGUGUCGUGCACGUUGUUGGGAAGGGCCAUUGAAACGGCAAGCAUCGUCGCGGGCGAUCUGGUCCGACCUCACCUGGGCGCCCUUGCAGCUGCUGUUAGCGCCCCGCUCUACCACGAGGGCGCCGAGGCAUCGCAGAUGCCGUCUUCCAGUACUGAUUGGCAAGAAGAGCCGGGCGAUCAAAUGCACGUUCAUUCGCCUAUCUCGUUCGAUCAAGAUAAUCUCCGUGGGGCUGUAUUAAUUCAGCAGGCACCGAUUGCGCCUGGGCUACAGCAAGACGACGCUGCAGAAGUCGCUUGGCAAGCAGGUCACACACCCUCUUCGUUUGUGCCAGAGCGUCCCCCGCCCUCUGCAACACUUAUUCUGGGGGUGCUGAGAGAGACUCUUUCUGCUGCUGGUGCCGUCUUCCAGCGACCACGCGCUGGCGGAAGGGCAGGGGUCGAGAGCAGCAUGCUUCCGGCAGAACACGGAACGAGUCCCACCAGUCACAGUCCCCAUGCCCAGAAAGCUGCUGGUGACCAACGCUUUACGAACACAGUGGGAGAUACAUUCCCUCCAGCCCCAAAAGCUCUGCGAUCAGCUGCGCUGGAGCACGGGGAACAAACAGAGGUCUUCACUCAAGAACCAGGACAACCACCAGGGCCUGUGCUCAAAGCUGUGAUGCCUGCAGGCGACAGAAACACUGCUGCAAACGACGUGAUGACGGGCGGAACCGAUAUGAGCAGACUCCGAGAGGCGACACUAAAGCAACUGUGGAACGAAGUUGAGGAAUCCGUAGCAAUGAAAAAGACCACACUUGGGAACGACGCUCCUGACGGCAACGAAGGCAGAGCACCCGAAGGUUUGCUGCCAGUCCUCUUCAAUGCAGACGUAGCAAAUGCUGCCGCAGCUGGAGUCAUGAUUGAGUGCAAGAACCCUAUAGUCUCUGGUGUUGUGGGAGAGUCCAUCACUUUGGAUCUUCGAGGUCUUAAUAACGAUAUUUACCAGUUGUUUCUUUCUGGCAUCACAUCAAGCACGCAAGAUGUCGAACUCGAUGUCUGGAACUCUGCCGGCAUUCAGUACCAGCACGAAGCAAGUGUUGAGUGCCAAGAGGCGGGUGUGUUCAAACUGAAGUUCUUCAUUGCUGGCAAGCAUAGAUAUGGCAUCGUACCAAAGCUUAUCUACUUCUGUCCUGCCACCAUUGUGUGCUCGCAGCACCUAGCGUGGAAGGCUCCCUCAAUUGGGCAUCUUUUUAACGAGGACUGGAUGUACUUUCAAACACCACUCAGCAGCCAGCAUCGGUCACGAAAUGAUACGCACCUCCCCUUCGGCAUACUCUUGUGA